AGACGCAGAAGUUAAUUGUUGAUUCCAGGUUGAGUACUGUUCGUUGUUGCUUCAGAUAAAACGAAAAUGUCGGUUUGUGGCGGUGCAUCGGAAGUAAAAACUGCUACAGAAAGUCAGCAGAAACUUUGUGAUGAGGUUAAAUCGGACUUGGAAUCUAAAGCAAGUAGAACGUUUACAACGUACAGGGCCAUAAGUUACCGUUCACAAGUUGUAGCAGGAACCAACUACUUUAUUAAGGUGGACGUUGGUGAUGAACACUAUCAUCUGAGGAUAUUCGUCCCCCUCCCCCACACGAACAGCCCAACCUCCUUGGCUGCAUAUCAGGCAGGACACACCGCAGAGACGGAACUGAGUUAUUUUAGCCAGUAGUCACUGUCUGAAAGAAAGAUCUGUAAACAGAAAUAUUGUCGAUGGGAAGAAUUACUAAUGAUUACCGAUAUUGAUAAGAAACACUUUUCAUUGAUAAAAUAUCUUGCAUGAACAAUUGUGACGAAAUAAAGUUUUGUUUUUACAAAGUUAUGUGUUACUUCAUGGGCUGAUGUAAGCUUGUGUUCAGAACACUGUUAGUGAUUAGUAAUCAACGCAUUAAUGUGAAACAGUCACCAGUGACAUGAAAUAUGUGGGUUCUUAUUGACAUAAUUUCUUUUGAAGUUAUUUCUCUGAUAAUUCAUUGAUAUCAAGUUAAAAAUUAUCAAUCUCUGUAAUUUACAUCGACAGGAGCCCUAGAUAUUCAGGGGAUCUAUAUAUAAUCGCUUAGAAUUCAUAUCAGUAGCUGAUCUCACGCUUAAUUUGUUUUUAUUGUUAUCUCCCGUGAAUAUUUUUGGGAAAUGAUCUUUUUGCAAAUCAUGUUUGUAUAUCGAAAUUCUGUUGAAACAUAUUGAGUUAUCAUGAGUACUCUCGUUUGAAAAACCCAUACAUUUAGUGAAUUAUUUACAAAGUAAUGAAUUCAAACUGUUUUCCUCGUGUGUUAUUGUUUCAUAAAGAGCCAGUUCUGGUGCAAUGAUGGUGCUAUACCAGCUGCACUGUAAGUACACUCCAGAACUGCCGUGAACACCACAGAAAAAGUAUUAUGAGGACGGGAUACUUCUGAUCACCAUAAUGCAAGAUUUCUCCCUCAGUUCAGAAACACUUCCUCCUUACGUGGAUGUACAAGUGUCUGCUCAUCAUAUCUAAGACACUUCCGCUUCACACAAAUGUACACAUUUCUGUUUCUAUUGUUUUGCUUCCUUUUGGGACGCCAUAUUAUUGUCGAAACAAAAUAUUUGUUGUUAGAAUUAUGACUACCACAUUUGUUGCUGUUGAGCAAUCUCUGAAUGCUCAUUUUGUAUCCUGCCAGUUUUCUAUUUUAUUUGUUUUGUAUGCUACUGCGUAUCUGCUGGAGAUCUGCCUGUGAUCGUCUGAUGCUGUUCAUAUAUUUCCCUGUAUUUCUACAUCUCCUGCACACAAUGAAUUUUUAUUUGAAAUAUUUAAAAAAUGUCUUAUCUCAGUGUUUCAUGCGUCUGCGGGAAUUUAUGCUGUGAUAUGAAAAUAAAACAAAACUCAUUGCACUCUCAUGAAAAAGAUCCCAGGUUAGUUUUAUUUUUCUGUGCUGUUUAAAAAAUAAUUCAGAAGCAAAGAGACUCAAUCUGCAUUAUAAGCUAAUUUAAAGCCUGUUUUCAAGUGUUUUAAAAAUGCAUGAAAUAAGUUCCACAAUUAAUGAAAAACUGUUUUGUUAUAUAGAUAUAUUUCACCCACCCACUCUCUUGCUGUUUGAGUUGGAGAUGACAAGUGCAUAAAAAGAUAUGAAUGGAAUAAGAGAUGUUAGAGGGAUAUAUAAACUCGUAUAGCUUAUCUUGCUUACAUAAUGUCUAAGACCUGCAGCAAUUUGGGUAUCCUUCUACAUUAAGCUUUAUACUGGAAUACUGUUAGACGGGGGUUAAACCAAACACACUUACAAAGUUACAUGGUUAACUUGGCUGAAAUUAUGAAUUAAUGUGUGCUGUUUUUGAAAAUUUGAAAACUGUUUCUCAUAUAUGAAUGAAAAAAUGCUUUAAGACAAUGCAUGCAGAGCUUUUGUAAGUGCUUGAAAUUCUUGAAUGUGUCGGGUAUAUUUGCAUAAGAGCACCCUAAGUUUACAAUGCAGUUGAACUUUCAUUACCAGUAUUCUUUUGGUCAAAGCUCCUAAUCAAACAUUAAAGCAGUUUCUACAGUUGAUACAUAUUUUAUUUGUAAAAGAUGACAGAGAGGAAUCCUGACAGUAUUUUUGCUAAGUUGGUUGGUUCCCCCUGACAACCAUGUCUUAGGUUUCAACUUGGGUCAUGGAAUGUUACUGCCACGUAGAUUCACAGCUAGGCAUUUGGUAUCUGGAUUUAUCAUCAGGUCUGCAUGAUAACGGCAGGACUGAAAUUAUGAAAGAUGUAUUUACACAGGCGUGUAUUACCGUUAUCAUACACCAUUCUGCCAUGUCGGUUUGUUCUGGAAAUAUAGAUGAAACUGAAGUUUUGCAGGACCUUAGAUGAAAUUAAGGUCAUGGUUGUGGUUUUUAUUUGUCUGAUGUUUAUAACAUGUAUACAAACAAAAUAAACUGUUAUUUAUGCUAA